CAGACAUGCCUCCAAAUCCAGUUUAGCCUAUUCGGUCACGUGUCUUUAAUCUGGGGGUUGCAAGCCUCAAAGAGGCGUCAUCAUCUGUGAAUUCAGUCCUCCUCUUCAUCAGCAUUCACCAACUCCUCACCUCCUCAAGCUGCUCACACAGCGACUCGCUGCCCAUAUCUGACCCCAUACUUUCACUUAGGCGUGUCAUAUGAUAUUCUCAGACUUGGUAUAGAGCUCCCACAGGCUCUGACGAGCCCAGUCUCGCCUCUCCUCACAACUCCCAACCUCUGCACCUUGGUCCACGGUCCUCGUCGCAAACUCUCAGCAACCAGCAAACAUGGCGCAUCUUCAGCAGCAACUCAAGAGCUUCAACGCGGGGGUCAUGGACUAUGCCAAGUCCAUGCCCCAGCAGCGACGGUUCGUCCACAAUAACUCUGCGAGCAGUUCCCAAGUUCCCUCGUCAACCUCUACGCCCACGCCCGGGGGAAAUAAUGAACAAAAGAAGAAGCGCCAUGAUGCGGACAUUGUGUAUUCCCAGCCUGCCAACACAGGCACGGGCAAGGAUAUCAUGACUCAGGUGGUCUUUGCUAUUGAGCAUAUGAAGACGAAAGGCGUCCCGCUUACGUUCAACGAUAUCGUUUCCUACCUUUCCCUGCAACAUCGGGCGAAUGACCAGGGCUAUAUCCAGGCACUGCGGAGUAUCUUGCAGAUGCAUGAGAAGGUGCAAUUUGACCCUAGCGGAGCCAAUGGAGAGGGCACAUUCGGCUUCCGUCCACCGCACGAUGUCCGUACUGCGGAACAGCUUCUUCAGAAACUGCAGGCACAGUCUACGGGAGUUGGGAUGAGCGUUCGGGAGCUCAGAGAGGGUUGGCCGAAUGUUGAGGAUGCAAUCAAUAAACUGGAGAAGGAGGGCAAGCUGCUUGUCACGCGAAACAAGAAGGACGACCAUGCGAAGAUGGUCUGGGCCAACGAUCCUUCGCUGAUCCAACAUUUUGAUGACGAGUUCAAGCAUAUCUGGGAGAAGAUCAAGAUUCCUGAACAACAAGUUGUCAAGGAAGAACUAGAGAAAGCUGGUAUCACCCCGACAAACAAGAAUAAGGUCAUCAAACCGCGGCCAAAGGUGGAACAUAAGAAGGUUAAGAAGCCUCGUCGCAGUGGUAAAACCACCAACACCCAUAUGAUGGGUGUUCUGCGUGAUUACUCACACCUCAAACGGUAAGGCUUUGGUCAUGCCUCCUCGCCUUCUUCCUCAAAACCGGGGCAAUGCUUGUUGGGUUAUUCAGCGGCUCCCCUUCUGAGCCUCGGAUUACCCUACAAAUAGCUGCCAUUCAUCAUGCAUUUAACGGCGUUUGGUUUGUUCAAGCGACCAGGGACAUCUCAGAACUCUAGACUUUCCGUCCCAGUUGCUUCCCGCCCCUGCUGUAAAACACUAUAUUUAACUAAUUAAAAAAAAAUGAAG